GGGGGCGGGCCCGGCCGGCGGACAGCGGGAAGGGGGAUCCGACGGUGACAGUUUGGGGGAGGAUUUUUGCUUCGGGAGAGAUUAGUCUAUCUCGGGGCUGGUAGGAACUCAGGAUUUGGGUGCUUGGGAAAGGAGGGGGAUUGGGGGUUCGGACUCCAAGUCGGAGGGAAAAGGCUGAUAGGAGCCAGAAACCCCUGAUCUGAGGGAGGAGAGGCUGGGGGCUGGGACUCCUGGGUCUGGGAGAGGAAGCGGCUGGAGAUAUGGGCUCCUAGGUCUGAGAGGGGACGGGGCUAGGCACCUGGAAUCCCGGCUACCCUCGUGUUUGUGUAUUGGGGGUAUGGAAGUGAUACGAAUACAAAGAGUCUUUACUGUUAAGCCCUGAGGUUUUUUUUCUUUUUUUCUGUUUGGUUUUUGGUUUUUGUUUUUUUUUUUUUUUUUGAGGAUUGGGGUCUGGGGAUGGGUUUUGACUGAUUCCUAUGACAACCUGGUUUCCUUGUGACCUCACCACAGUUAAGAGUCGUGGGCAGGACCACCGGGAGUUUAUUGGAGGCCCACGUAGGUGCAGAUUCCUCAUCUACAGGCGCUAGUGGACUGGAGACGGCUGGCGGCUGUCCCAGGACGGGGAAGAGAGCUUUGGUGCCUGAGGGAAGAUGGCUUAGGGCCCGGUCCCUUAAGGGUGAAAGGCUGCGUGUUCAAAAUUACGGGACUAGAGGGGGCUGGAGUCCGGACCUGAGGUCCUCAGGGAAAAGGGAAGUCUGAUUCUGGGUUCCUUGGAAGAUGAAAUAUACGACUGGAUUUAGGGUUUCCGGAGACAACGGGACUUUUUAGUGGAGCGGGAGCGGGAAAACCAGAAGGGACACGGAGAAAAGGUUCCGAGACAGAUACACAAUUAGAGUGCGAGCUAAAAGGGAUGCUUGUACUCCGGUGUCUCCAGUAGGAGGAGCCUAGGACUGGAACUCGGGGUGCUGAGGGCAAGAUCUGGGACGCAGGGGCGUGGUCCAGUGCAGGGGCGUGGCCCAGCGCAGGGGCGUGGCUUUCAGCCAAGGGGCGUGGCCAUUGCGAUUGGGCGGGACUCCGAAACGAGGGCCGCAAUCAGAGAACACCGCCAGGACUUCCAGGACUUGGUCUCCAGGACUGAGGUCAACUGACGGGGGCGUGGUCUGACGGUGUGGGCGUGGCCAGGGAAUGAACUCACGGCUCUGGCUUAAGGGGUGUGGUGAACGAAGGAUGGGGCGUGGCUCUGUCACCAAGGGCGUGGUCAUGGAGUAGAGGCCCGGGCUCCUGGGUGAGGCCGGCAAGUUUGGAGCGUGGUCAGACAAUAGGGGCGUGGCUACGGCUCGCGGAGCGCAACCAACGCUCUAGACCAGACCUGGGCUCGAGACAAUAACUGUUUGGCUUUAACAGUACGUGGGCGGCCGGAAUCCGGGAGUCCGGUGACCCGGGCUGUGGUCUAGCAUAAAGGCGGAGCCCAGAAGAAGGGGCGGGGUAUGGGAGAAGCCUCCCCACCUGCCCCCGCAAGGCGGCAUCUGCUGGUCCUGCUGCUGCUCCUCUCUACCCUGGUGAUCCCCUCCACUGCAGCUCCUAUCCAUGAUGCUGACGCCCAAGAGAGCUCCUUGGGUCUCACAGGCCUCCAGAGCCUACUCCAAGGCUUCAGCCGACUUUUCCUGAAAGGUAACCUGCUUCGGGGCAUAGACAGCUUAUUCUCUGCCCCCAUGGACUUCCGGGGCCUCCCUGGGAACUACCACAAAGAGGAAAACCAGGAGCACCAGCUGGGGAACAACACCCUCUCCAGCCACCUCCAGAUCGACAAGAUGACCGACAACAAGACAGGAGAGGUGCUGAUCUCCGAGAAUGUGGUGGCAUCCAUUCAACCAGCGGAGCGGAGCUUCGAGGGUGAUUUGAAGGUACCCAGGAUGGAGGAGAAGGAGGCCCUGGUACCCAUCCAGAAGGCCACAGACAGCUUCCACACAGAACUCCAUCCCCGGGUGGCCUUCUGGAUCAUUAAGCUGCCACGGCGGAGGUCCCACCAGGAUGCCCUGGAGGGCGGCCACUGGCUCGGCGAGAAGCGACACCGCCUGCAGGCCAUCCGGGAUGGACUCCGCAAGGGGACCCACAAGGACGUCCUAGAAGAGGGGACCGAGAGCUCCUCCCACUCCAGGCUGUCCCCCCGAAAGACCCACUUACUGUACAUCCUCAGGCCCUCUCGGCAGCUGUAGGGGUGGGGACCGGGGAGCACCUGCCUGUAGCCCCCAUCAGACCCUGCCCCAAGCACCAUAUGGAAAUAAAGUUCUUUCUUACAUCUAACAA